ACUGGAUCAAAGAUUAAUAUCCAGGUUUUUAAUCCGUUCCUGGAUGAAAAUGGCAGCCAACAAUGCAGUUUUGAACAGACUGGAGCAGAAGGGCGCAGAAGCAGAUCAAGUGAUUGAAUAUCUUAAGCAGCAAGUUGCUCUUCUAAAGGAAAAAGCCAUCUUGCAGGCAUCUCUGAGGGAAGAGAAGAAACUUCGUGUAGAAAAUGCUAAACUGAAGAAAGAAAUUGAGGUGCUGAAACAGGAAUUGAUCCAAGCAGAAAUUCGGAAUGGAGUGAAGCAAGUCUCUCUACCACCCAUCGAAACACCUUCUGCAGCAUCCUGUUCGGAAGGCUUCUCUCAGCCAGCCCCUGCUGCAGUCAUCCCACCUGAUCCCACAGGCCAACCCAAAGAAGCAAACAAAGAAAAGAAGAACAAGGACAAAGAAAAGAAAGUAGGAGAAAAGAAGGAGAAAAAGCAGCAGUCACCUGUGAAUGAUGACUCAAAGCCUUUAGAUAUUUCCCGGCUUGAUCUUCGAAUUGGUUGCAUCACAGCAGCGAAGAAACACCCAGAUGCCGAUGCUCUGUACAUUGAGGAGGUUGGUGGAGAAACAAAUCCUAGAACUGUUGUCAGUGGGCUAGUGAAGCAUGUUCCUUUAGAAGAGAUGCAAAACCGGAUGGCAAUAUUUCUCUGUAACCUGAAGCCAGUCAAAAUGAGAGGGGUGGUAUCUCAAGCCAUGCUGAUGUGUGCUAGCACACCAGAGAAGGUGGAGAUUCUAAUUCCUCCCAGUGGGGUUGUUCCUGGAGACAGAAUCACAUUUGAAGGUUUUUCUGGUGAUCCUGAACGAGAACUUAACCCCAAGAAGAAAAUGUGGGAGCAGAUCCAGCCUGAUCUUUAUACAAACGGCCAGUGCAUUGCCACAUACAAAGGAGUGCCCUUUGAAGUGAAAGGGAAAGGCACCUGCAGGGCUCCUACCAUGGCCAACAGUGGGAUCAAAUAAACUAUCAGUUGUGCAGAUGCUUUCCUUUUUAAUGAAAGAAACCAUGUGAACACAAUUAAAAACAAAUAAUUGCCUCACCCAAAAA